AUGGCUGAAAGUAAUUCUUCAGAAAAUAUUGAAGAUGAAGCAAUUCGUCAUCGUCAUGAACGUCGAGAAUUACAAUCAACAAUUCAACAAUUAAAAAAAUCAAUAAAUAAAAAUGAUAAAACACGAAAGAAAAAAAUUGAUAGUGAAAUAAAAGCUUUAGAAGAAGCAUUUGAAAAACGAUGGGAACAUUUUAAUGAAAAUUCAACUACGCUUGAAUCGAAUACAACUAUUGAUUCUAUUCAAUCAAAUGAAAAUCUUCCUGAAACUGAUGAAAAACAACAUGCAUCACGUAAAGCACGUCGUUUAGCUAAUAAAGAAAAACGUCAAGCUGAACUUAAUGCAAAUCAAGAAAUCAUAGAUUAUGAUAAUCAACCAGAAUCAAUACGUAGUCGUAAUGAAUCUUUAUCAAUAGAUGAACAAUUACAUGAACGUGGUCUUGAACUUUAUUCAAUAGCAUCUGAUGGUAAUUGUCUAUUUGCUUCAAUUGUUAAUCAAUUAUCAGAUUUAAAUGUACGAGAAUUACGUGAACAAGUUGCUGAAUAUUUACGUAAACAUCGAAAUGAAUAUGAACCAUUUAUUGAUACAAAUUAUGAUAUUUAUUGUGAUAAAUUAGCUAAAGAAAACAUUUGGGGUGGACAAAUUGAAUUACAAAUAUGUGCAAAAAUUCUACAACGAUCUAUUGAAAUUAUUCAAGGAAAUGGUAAUGAACCAAUUAAAAUUGAUUGUCCAUCAUCGUCAAAACCACCGAUUAUUAUAACUUAUCAUCGAUAUUUAUAUGCUAAUGGUGAACAUUAUAAUAGUACAAUGAGGACUCAGGAAAACGAUAAUGAAUAA